AUGUCUGUGAGAGAGAAAAGGGAAAGUUCAAGAGGUCCCGUGCUUAUCAAAUUUGGGGUGGCUUUGGCCUUUUCUCUUGGUGGGGUUGUUUAUACCUUUCUCAAGACAAAGUCUUCCAAAUCAAAACCUCAAGGUAAGGACAGCGAGGCCGAUUCGAGAAGGGAAAGGUUGGAGAUAUACGAGGAUGCCUUUGCUUUGCAGAAUUCCAUCAAUGGAGACAGAGAUGGUUUCGUCUUAUCAGAGGUCGAUCACUUUAUAAACAAACAUAACAUAGUUGAGCAUGAAGAACACAACCUAGAGAUUGAAAACCUAAGGAAUAAGGUCCAAAUCCUCGAAGAACGAGAAAGAAUGUUGGAAAUCCAAAUGCUCGAGUAUUACGGUCUCAAAGAGCAAGAGACAGCAAUUUUAGAACUCCAGAACAGACUGAAAAUACACAACAUGGAAGCUAAACUGUAUAAUCUCAAAAUAGAGUCCUUGCAGUCUGAAAACAGAAAAUUAGAGGAACAAGUGGCUGAUCGCGAGAAAGUGGCAAACGAGCUUGAGGCUGCUAAAGCUAAGAUAAAGUUGCUGAGAAAGAAACUCAGAUCGGAAGCUGAACAUAAUCGGGAGCAGAUUCUGAGUCUUCAAGAAAGGGUUAUGAAGCUUCAGGAGGAGGAAAAGAAUGAGAGAGUUGACGGGGAUUUAGAAAUGCAGUUAAAGGAAAUGAAGAAUUUGAAGGAAGAGUUGGAGGAGGUGAAGAGAACAAACGAGGUUUUGAAGGUGGAAAAUUUGGAGUUGACCCAUAAAUUGGAGUACAUGAAGAUGCUUGUGCCACCCGGUUUGGACGAGAAGGAGAUUCAAGCCCUUAAAGAAGAGAACCACCUAUUGCGGCUUAAAAACGAAGAUUUAACAAAGGAAAUCGAGCAAAUCCAUGCUAACCGGUGCUCGGACAUAGAAGAACUCGUCUACCUCCGGUGGAUAAAUGCUUGUUUGCGCUAUGAAAUGAGAAAUUACCAGCCUGCCCCUGGCGAGACCAUCGCCAGGGACCUUAGCAAAACCCUAAGCCCGAAAUCAGAAAAGAAGGCCAAACAACUCAUACUUGAGUAUGCAAAUAGAGAAGGCUCCGGGGACCAAGGGAUAAAUAUUUCCGAUUUCGACUCUGGCCGGUGGUCCAAUUCUCAGGCUUCGUGUGAGCUCGAUGAUGAUUUGCUGUUAGAUAAUUCUUCGCCUCGAAGAGCGGGCCCAGUCCCAACGAGCAAGUCGAGAGUCUUCGCGAAGCUAAUGAGGCUAAUAAGAGGAAAAGACGGUCAUGACCCUGUUGAGACACAAGAUCUUGAUAUAAGCAGAAAUUCUGGCAAUUCUCAUUCGGGGUUGUUGGAUUUGGAUUUCGGGCCCGAUAGUGACGUAAAGACGAUUAGAACUUUAUCGGGGACCUCGUCUGCAAAUUCUGUGGAUUUACAGAGGUCCUGUUCGUGCGGUGCAAAGAGUACUGCCGGUGAGAGCAGUGAUGAUGGUUCAUUGAGUAUAUUUAGAAGAUUCGAAUCGGUAGGAGGGUGCGAUGGUAAUUUGUCGUCGGGUGUUUUGCCCCAUCAAGAUGCUCAAAAUGGGGCGAAAAACGAACUGGUGAAAUAUGCCGAGGCCCUCAAGAAGUCUCAUGCAGAACUCCCAAGACGAAGAAGAUCGGCAUCUUACAGUUCUUUUUGA